AUGCCCGACGUCUGCCGGCAGCCGGGUCCGCCACCACACCCCGAAAUGUUGGCAUUUGUUAAGGUGCGCAAUCCGAUAACGCCUGACAGAAUGCGAUAAGGCGGUCCAGCGCAUCUACUACGGACCUCGUUUGGGGAGCGCAAUGUCAUCAACAACCACAUAGGUGAAAAGUAGAUUAUGUGGCUGAGCGGUCCGUUACAAAUUUUGAUGAAUUGCAACAGUUUAUAGCAACUUUGGCUGAGAUUCUGUGAGCAGUGCAGUUGACGUCCAUUCCAGCCAGGCAGACAACAAUACUUCCGAAUCUGCCACUGUGCACUGAGGGGUAAUACAAUGAAUUUGUUUCCCGGUUUAGUUCAAAAGCGGAAUUUGCACAGGAGGUGGUGAUUACACGAAUUUGUCUGUAUACUUAUAACGGCUUCUAGGCAAAACAACUGUCGGUUCUUGGGAGACGAAAUGAGUACGAGUUUCAUAUUGACCCAACUGUGAAAAACUCGACGCCUCGAUGGGAUUUGAACCCACGCAGUAAGGGGAAGGCUUUAGUACAGGCAACGCUCUUACCACUUGAGUGCGAUUUUGUUAGAAAUAUACUCUGCUUGGUCCCCCUCUGCCUCAGCUUCUGCUGGGGGAGGAUCGACAGAAAGAAGGCCAUUCUCCGGUUUUCCCCUCCAACCUAUCCUCUCCGGUAGGUCAGAUUUUUUUUCAUUAACAUCCACAGACGCUAUUAGACUGGACCCAACUUUCAGUAACUCCCCAAGUGAGUAGUAGAAAAUUUUUCGGUUCGAAUUAUACGGAAAUACCUUCUUCGUACCUACAUAAGAUGCCAUGCAAAGUGCAUAGUAUGCAUGGCUGUUAUUAUAACUUUUUGCUACUAAAGAACUGUGGCGAAUUCCUGUUUGACUAAAAACCGAUUUUCUCGUUUGCCUGCAGGAACCUGUCAUGUCGACCGAAAGGGCAUCAUAACUCAGGACAGACAAUCUGUAUCUCGCUCAAAAUUCUUACAUGCCUUUACUGUUAUUUAAGUCCCCGAUAAACAUUUCCUUCCGCCAACUUCAAUCAACCAACUUCUGUCGUGAAAUUGGUCGCUGCUUAUGUAAUUAAUCAAGUGGUGUGGGAAACUCUAGGUUGGGUGUUAUUGGGGUCGAUUUGCUUUAAAUAAUAGUGACACAGCAGCCCAUGUAUAUUUGCCGAUGGAUCCGAUAUCGAAAAAAGGAAACCAGAAAUGCGUGAAAAGGCGAGCCCCCUUUGCGCAUUUUUUUGGUGAGGGCCAACUAGGCCACAUCAGCCCAUUUCGCAACUCAGCGCAGCCUUGUGAUCCAACCGUAGCCACCUCCAGCCCGAUCGGGCCAGAGCAGGACAGAUUGGGCUGGUACUGCCAGGAAAGGUUAGUACUAGGACAAGGGUCAAAUUUGGGUUUCGGGUCAGGAUUAAGGGUUAUGUUUAGUGUUAAGGUUAAGGUUAGGCUUAGGUUUAGCGUCAGAUUUGGUGUUAAGUCGCGGUUAGCGCUAAAAUUGAUUAGGGUGUGGGUCGAGUCAUAUCUCAUCUCAUCUUAUCUCAUCAUCAUCUGCCCGUCUUUCCUCUUGCGGGUCCCUUCUUCUGCACUUAACACUACAUUCGGUCCUGCAAAAUUAUAGGAAAAUUAAUAAUUCAAUUUAGUAACAAUAAACAUUUUCAUGUUUUUACCCUCUUACAGUCAUUACUUACUUAAAGUAUGAUCAUAGCCUUACGACCAUUUCCGCCCACGCCUUACUUCACCAUCCGCCUUACGCUUCCUUUUGUAUCAUUUGCCUCCAUCAGAUUAGCCGUCCUUAUAGUUUUCUUACUUUAUCAUUGCAGUUUCCGCGUUCGGCGUUGUUUUCUUAUUUAUUUUACCCGUUGUAACAGCUAGAAACCUGUCUGGACGUCUAACCUUAGUUGUUUUGGAAUGGAUACUCACGUCGGAGCGGGCUUUUCCAUUUUUCAGGGAGCGUAUAUCAGUACCAGUACCAGUGUAUUUCAGUGAUAGUAUGUGUGUACCUUCGAAAUCCCUAUUGGUUACAUGCAGAGGAAGUAUAAGGAGAAAAUGGAAAGGAAGUAACAUGAAAGAAAUACAAGGGGAAAUACAAAAACUGCACAGAUGAACACAUAAUGUCAUGCAUUAACAGAAUUUAGAGGCAAAUGAACUCGGUUAGUUGAUUUAAUGCAGCAGACAGUUGAAGCACACUUAAGAUACAGGAAAAGAAGUAAAACUACAGGCAUCGUGGUGAAUGCGAGCAACGGUGUGCGACGUAGUUCAAAAUUAAUAAAUUACAUAAACAUAUCUUACUUGAAUGUUGGUAGUAGCAUCAUAAGAACACUAAAUCGUCAAAGUUGGCUAUCUAGGUGGCGGAAGUCCGGCGUUAUUGCGGUACGCGCUCCAAUGUUGAUCUAGCCUUCGUUAAAAAGUAUCUACGGUUCCCGACAUAACAGCAUCUUCAGGCAAGGCAUUCCAAGCUGCAACCACUUUGUUGGCGAUGAAGAACCUUCGUGUGACUAGCCGGGCACCAGUCACACGCAGUUUGAGUGGAUGGCCUCUCAGGUUAGUCGUAGUCGCCAACUCGAAGAAGUCUCCAGGUCCGAGGCAGCAGCCCCGAUUACGCACGAUGCGGAAAGCUUGCAUCAGGUCCCCACGUAGCUGUCUGUAACUCAAAGGAAAGAGGUCAAGAUUAGCUAAUCGUGUUUCGUAGGGUAGUGACCACUGCCCAGAUACAAGUUUCGUUGCUCGUCGUUGAACCUUUUCGACUAUGCCGAGGUCUUUAACGGCCCAGGGUCUCCAUGCUCGGAUAGUAAACUCCAGAUGCGGUCGCACGAAGGUUCGAAAGACCUUGGCGAAGCAGUCUUCAUCAAAGGAAAAGGACGCCCGUUUGACGACGUAAGGAAUGGACAUCGCCGACUUGGCCACCUUUGGACAUUGUAACGAAGCAUUAAGCGAGGUUGUGAUCCAUACACCCAAGUCCUUCUGGGCGUCGACUUCUUGCAGUGGUUUGCCAGUCAGGCGGUAGGCCGUGUGGUUAGGAGAACUGGUUCCACUGACGCGUCGGAAGGUACAUUUGUUUACGUUGAACGGUAGAAGCCAGUCCUUCGACCAUUGCUCGAGGUGGUCCAGAUUUGUCUGCAGUCGCGCCUCGUCUACUUCCCUUCGCACGGUACUCCAGAUCUUUAUGUCAUCAGCAAACAUUGCGACAUCGCAAUCCAGUUCGUUUGCGCAGUCGUUGACGUAUACGAGGAACAGUGUAGGACCAAGAACAUAGCCUUGGGGAACACCACUCCUAACGGCAACCUCGGCAGAUUACUGGUCACUGACGUGGACGGCUUGAGAGCGGCCGAGUAAAAAGCUUCGAAUCCACAUCAGAAACUUACCUGGCACUCCUGCACGGCUGAGUUUGUAUAGAAGGCGGUGGUGAGGCCUACUGUCAAAGGCCUUUUUAAAGUCGACAUAGAUGACAUGCACUAUAUCUCCUCUAUCAACAGCCCUAGUCCAGUGUUCCAGACAGUAGGGCAAGUUUGUCACACGGGGUCUGCCUUUUCGUAAUCCAUGCUGGGAAUCGGAAAGCAGAUGGUUUUGUUCAGGGAACUGUAUGAAUUGUUGCUUUAUUAUCUUCUCCAUAAUCUUACAGCAAAUGGAGGUGAGGCUGACAGAUCUGUAACUGUUCUCAGAGACCCGACUUCCGCCAUUGUACAGCGGCGUAAUCCACGCCGACUUCCAGUCGGAUCGCAGAUAUCCGGUCUCGAAGGAUGUAUGGAGAAGAAUGGAGAGUGGCUUAGCAACUCACUGGCGAAUUCCUUCAAAAUUUUCGCAGGAAUCUCAUCGAGACCUGGUGAUUUGGGUUCCUUUAGCCUCAACAACUCCGUCAGAACCAUACCAUCAGUGAACUUAACGGUAUCCAUAAUUGUGGUGUCUUCGAAGGGUUGAAGGGCCGAAGGGUUGAAUCCUGUUUCGCUACUAAAGACAGACCAAAAAAAUUCUGAAAGGUGAUCAGCUUUUGCUCUGUCAUCAGUGAGAUGUUCACCUUCAGAAGUUUUUAGUGGUGGUAUUAGGUCCUUGUUCCGCGUACACUGCCUUUUGUAACCGUGGAAUAAUUUAGGAUUCUCCGCGGUACGGUUAAGCAGAUCCCGUUCGAAUUUCCUUCCAGGUUUGAGGAUAAGGCCCUUGGCUCGAUUUCUUUAUAUUUCGUACGCGCAUAGAGAUGUGGGGUUCCUGUCAGAAAGCGACUUUUUCCACAGCCUGAUUUUUUAUUCACUUCAUUCUUCAAGGCUUGCGUAAGCCAUCGGGGUCUGUUAGUUAACCUCAUCCAUGAAAGCGGACAGUGGUUUACGAUCAGUUCGUGCUGAAUUUCACGGAACCGUUGCCAGUCUUCGACUAUGCUUCCAACAAAUACGGACUCCCACUCAAUGCGUGAAAUUUCAGCCCUCAUUUUGUCGAAAUCCCUGCGCCAAAGGUUUCUUCUAACUGUCACGGGUUUCUCGGGCAUGGAAAAAUGCGAGAAAUCCCAUAGAAGAACAGCGUGGUCACUUUAAGCUAAAGGGGGUAGGCAUGACAUCUCAUCAAUGCUGUCCUGUGACUUCGUAAGGACAAGAUCAAAGCAGUUGACUUGUUGACCUACGCGUACUCUUGUUGGUAACAUGACGCGUUGAGUGAGAAAUAACUUCAGUGCCGUCUUCAGAAAACUCCUAUCGAAGGUCUGUUCUGAGCUAUUUGCAUGGGUCGAGCUCCAGUCAAUAUGAGGCGCGUUAAAGUCGCCCAUGAUCAGAAUAUCCGGCCGCGUAACGAACUUUUCGAGUUUCUCCAGCAGGCAAGUUUCGGCUAUGUUGUCCAGUCUCGGCGGUCGAUAAACUGUGAGAGGCUAGGCGAGCUCGGCACUUUAACGGACAGCCAGAUUGCCUCGGAGCUACACGAAAAUGUAUCGGUUUUGUCUGACACAUUUAUCCCAUUUUUCACAUACGCGACUACGCGUCCUCGCUAACGCCCUUCCCUAUCUCUGCUAAACAUCUGGUAGCCAGGCAAGGCCAACUCACGGUUGUCCACGUGUUGGGUCAACCAGGUUUCUGUUAAAGAGAUUACGUCAAGGGAUAAAUCGCAGAGGUGGACCUUUAGCUCGUCGAACUUUGAUAGCAAACUCUGCACGUUGGUGUAAAAUAAUUUCAAUUUCCGUCUGACGGAAGAUGUUAUUACAUUUUGGUUAGCGCCUUCACUCAAUAUGUCGGCUGCGCGGUCAUUCGGACCGGACCUUUCCAAGGAAGAUUGACGGACGCCGCCGUACUUGGUUGUUCUAUGUAACUAAAUUGUUCUCCCCCUCGCUGAGCCUCUUUCUCGGAAGUCACCUGUGGAGGAACAAACUCCUGCCAACCUACGAUAAGUCGUUCUGGUCAUUUUUUCCGUUUCACACUGAUUCCUCUUUUUGUGAUAGUUUUCCAUCAUUUUUUUAAGUUGAUAAGGAAUUAUGCUUUUUCUUUUGCUAUCCUACUUCGUAUGAUGUCCCGAAUGCCUGUGUCUCCUGACUUUUCACAUUCCGAGAUUCAAGAACUCUAAGACAGUAUCCUUGAAGUAUUCGGCCGCUCUGAGAUUAAAAAAUCCACACCCCCUCCAACACCAUUCGUGAGUCGACAACGCUUUCUCGCUCGGGCGUCAUACCACUGACGUGCACGUUCUACGGUAUUUGUGCUCCUACUGCGUUCCGACUGGCUCACUUUGCAGUCGGUUCAGUGUCGGUGACCAUGACCGUCCAGCUACCUUUCUGGGGGACGGUACUUGGUUAUUUUAGGUUGCUUAAACCUCUUCUCGAUUUGCACGCUCGUUGUAUUACCAGGUUGGCCUACAUGUAAACAAGUUCCUUUACGUUUAGCGAUUUUCGGCCAAAAUACUUCUUGCGUGUUUUCAAUGUGCCCCAUCAGUAAAAACCGUAUUACCACCGUUCACGUAUUAUACGCACUUGUGACUCAGUUUUUGAGGCCCGACAGCGUAUCCGAGCCUUGUCAAACGUUUUAUAACCGCAGCCACCUACCUACUUCAGCGCCCGCCGUACCUGUUGAAUGAGAUUACUGUCUCUCUUUCUCCAAGAAACUCCAGCUGGUAUUGCUUACUCUAAACAGGGUCUAAUAAACGUACCAAAUAUCCACGCGAAGAGUACUAGGGGUAGGAAAACGAAGGCACGUCUAAUCCAGUGCAUGCUCUCAGUUGCUCUGUUGGCCACUCUUACUGUGUUCUGACGGCAUCAAGUGUUCAGUAGUCCAAAAGCCUAGAUCCUCGUGUACCUGUACAGCUUCUAAUAGGAUCCAGCUGAGAUAAUACUGCUGAUUGAGAAAAUGACAAUGACCAUUUUUUCGGUUUAUUUGGUGAUGAUAAUAGACAAGGCCUUCGAAAACCUUAUUGCUUGCACGUCGAUGUGUUAUAUACAGUUGUGCACGCAUUCUGAAAAACUGUCGCGACUAAAAAUGAUGUCCAGGUAAUUUAAGUAGCAUUGCUUUCUGGACAAACCCGUAUCUGGAGUUGGAGUGUAUUUAUUUUAGGUCCCGAGUGUCGAGGAAAAACAAAGGAUACACAUAAUUAUUCAAUCAUUUCUCACUGAGCUGUUGGAACGUCGCCUUCGCAACUGAUUAGGGGAGAUCACUCGUAGUUAUUUUACCCCUUAAAUGAAGAGUUGGAAUCUAAGGUCCAGUAUGGCUAUAUUUGUGCUUAACGUCAUUGAGUGCCAUCGAAGAUGAGACAAAAGAUGCCACUGAAUCAUGCCCUCAAAGCGCAGUCCUUGGUCCAGACAAUGUAUUGUCUUGUAAGCUAAGAUCAACUCUAUGGUGCAUGUAGUACAAAGAAAAUAAUUUAUCCUGACCCGCUUUUCGAAAACCCGAUGAUCUCGGUUGAAUUCGAACAUGCGAUAGAAAGGUGAAGGCCUGAAGGAACACCUGUUUGGACAAUCGGCUUACUGUGGCAGAUUUAGCGGAUUCAUUUCGUUGCAGUAGGCUGGGCCGGUAACUUGAUCCAAAUAUGGUUAAAAUUACUUCUCCCGGUGAGACCUCGUAGCUCGGGUGGCUAGAGCUCUGGCUGUACUCCGGCUUUCCUCUUACUCUCAUAGGUUCAAAUCCAAUCAAGGUCGUCGAGUUUUCCUGAAUCUGACAAAAUCUAUCACAACACCCGUUAAAAUGGGAAAUACUUCCAAACGCUUCAGUCCUUAAGAUACAGUCGAUACUCUAGAACUUUUAAAAGCUUGGUUGCGCUACGUUGCACCUAUUCGAGACAUGUUAUGUCCUUUACGGGUUGUGGUCUUGGCGUCUGUACGCCAUACUUUAGGUGAGGCCGAACGCAGACGCGCAAACUUAACUGAAGUAGCCUCUAUCGAUAUCAACGAACGUUCUUUUGAUGGCGUGCAGUAUUUCCAUGCCCUUUUUUGCAACCUUGAUACAUUGUUAUGAUGGGUUUAGAUUGUCCUGCAUCCAGACCUCGAGGUCCUUCCGCGAAGACUCUACGGAAGUUAAAUUUCUGUCAGGCCAUGUGUCCCCAUGCUGUCGUUCGGAUAGUUGUUUAAACACAGAUGGAAGGCGGCAAAUGUUUUCACACUGAAACUUAGACGCUGUUACUCGGACCAUGUCCGCUGAGGAGACUUUUGAUCAUUUUGACCCUAGACGAAUUGCCAUAGCCUAACGUCAUCGGCAGGUAUGAUCUUACGGCAGUCGAGUCCCCAAAUGUCAGCAGUAACAUAAAAAAUGAAAGGUAGGGCCACAGAAUCGAGCCUUGAAGAACACCAAUAGUCACAUUCACCCAGUCCGAUUUGCUUUCUUCGAUACAGACGCGUUGUUUUUGUCCAACCAGAGAUUCCCGUAUCCAGUUCAGAAGCUUUCUCCUGAUGCCAAGGGCACUCAGUUUAUUCGUGAGCCGUUGAUGUGAGACAGUCAAUGGCUUUGCGAAUGUCGAUCUACACUACGUCUCCUUCGAUGCCCUCUGAUAAAGCGCUGCUUUAGACCUCCAGAAAAGUCGGUAGAUUUUAGAGACAGAAACAUUCUCGCUGAAAACCAUGCUAAAAAUUUUGUGAGAUGUCAUUCUUAUCGCAAUGCUGUUAUAUGCAAUGCUUUACAAGAAUUUUCACUGUUUUGCAAGAACGACAAAUCAGGCUAAUAGCCUAAAACCGCUUACCGCCUUCCUGCUACCUUCAUCACAAAAGGAAGCGACAAGAAUGAAGUAUAUGCGCGGGGCAAGGAAAAACUAUAGCGAACUGCCUGCUAAGUUUUUCCAACGAAAUGCUGUUCUGCAGAGCUUUUGGUCGGCUCUUCGUCGACAGGAUGACAUUUGCUGACCCAUACCACCCCGAGGAGCCACUGAUGUCGAAAUUUCUGCAUUAGUUCACUGUCCUGCACUCCCCACGCGUAAUUCUUUAGUAAGCGGAAAGCCCAGUCUUAAAAAGGUUUCGGCGCGGAGAGCAGCCGGGCGGUAAAAAUGCUCUAAAUAAUGGUAGAUGGAUGCAUACGUCUGCCAAUAUUGCGGGAUUGUUAAAACGCCAGUGAAUUUGCCAAACAACGGUUGGCAUUUUCCCACCCGCGCAUAUGCUUAACCGUUGCCAAAGAAACUAUGUUGACCGUCUUCUACUGCGAGAGCAAGCCCCCUGUUUUCAUUUACAGCUCGAAGAAAAAUCAGGGAGGACCUGCCUGCUCUGCCGAUACUUCCUUAAGUGCCAGAUCAGGGAAUCCAUCGGGCCCAGAAGACUUGUCCGACUUAAUUUAACUGAAGGCCCGGCCUACUUCCUCGGCGGAACGGCGACGGUCUCACUGACGGAAGACCCUUAACUCAUUCCAAACUUUAGAUUUUAAUCGGGAAUCCCACGGAAAAAAGAUCCAAACUGCGCAUUUCGGGAUAACACGUUCCCACCGCUAUCCUCUAAACCCUCGAUCUCCUCCCUUCGCCUCUUGUGGGCGUACGCAUAAAACUUCUUGGGAUAAGUAAGGACUUCUGCUGUCAGCCAGUGCUCGAAGGAAGUUCUAAAACAACUUAUAUGGUUGCGACAUUCAUCCCGUUGCUCUUUUUACUAAGGAACUUAUAUAGGAUCUCGAUGAUCAAAGUUCCUUUUUUCACAAAUUGUGUUUUUUCCCUAUGUCCAUACUUAUCAUCAGAUCGGUCUACUGAGGUAAGGCGCCUGGAUUUAUUAUUUUCAUUGAACAAUGGGCUCCAAUUUGUAGUGGGCAGCCAUCAUGGGCGGCCUAGAGUCACUUCCUAGCCAUUGCCGCCUGAGAGGACAACUCCGGGUUCUAUAUGCAAUAAACCCCUCAUUCUGGUUCCUUCUAUCUUUUCCUACACGAUGGGAUUUGACCUGAUGAUCGUAGCGCACAAACAACACACAUUCCCACUGCUGUGCCGAUAUCAAUUAGACACACCGUAACUGCCUGAAAAUGCUGACAGAAAUACUUUGUAUCGUUAGUGUUAACUGAUUAGUUUCUUCCGAGACAGCACGUCCCAUUGCCUCCAAAUCACCCUUAAUAAUAUCUCUGCAACUCUUUAUGUUGGUCGACAAAGCCAAAUGGCGGUUGUGAGCUCACUUCCCAUGUGGCUCGCUCUUUUUUUUACCUAAAGCAAUAUCUAUGCAGUUGAAUUGCUGUUGCUCUAUGUGUUGAAUGGAAUAUUCGUCCAGCGAAGACCGUAAUAAUUUGUGGACGAAUAGUGUGAAUGGGGCGUUUAGUACGGGGAUGUUCUAGUCCAUUUAAAGGGGGUUAAAACUGUCCAAGAGUAACAAAUUAUCCUGUGAACAUUUAACUUCAGUGAAAUUAAUAACUCCACGUCGGCUGUUUAAUUCGAGCUGGAAGGCCGAUGGACAAUGCACAGUGUAACUGCCGCCAAUAGUCUGAUCUCAAUUUUGCAUAAAAUUAUGUCAUAAUUUCGUAGUAAUACGCCGGAUAUUUUCCGCUGAUAACAAGAAAUAUCAUUGGAUAUAAAUUGCAACGCCUCCUGCUUUAUAUUGAAAUCUGUAACAACGGAACACUCGACAGCCUCCGGUGUUAAUUCCGCUGCUCCUUAUUCCUUCGAUCAACCAGGUCUCUGACAAUAUUGUGUGGGGUGUCUGCUCGGAGUCCAAUAAUUUGAGUUACCAGAGCUUGUUAAAGAGACUCGGACAAUGUGGACUCGGACUUGUGGAUUUCUGGACAGCGGCCAGUGUCCCAGUAAGCAUUUUAAAAACCGAUGCAAAUACGAUUAUCCCAUCCCUCUUGUGCAAGAUAUUUAAUCUUGCUCUUUAAAGUGAAACUUAUCCUACCUUGUGGAAAGAAUCACACAUUUUGCCCUUUCCUAUGCACGGCAAAUCUACAUAAUUUGAUGACUUUCGGCCAAUAAACACCCUCCCCGCAGAUUCGAAGAUCUUAGAGACUUUUGAUCAAGGAUAAGAUGAUGCGUCACUUAACAGUGAAUAACCUGCUCAGUGCUGCUCAGCAUGGAUUCCUCAAAGCUCGGUCUUGUGACACCUAUCAACUCUCUUUCUUUGACGAUGUUCUCCAAUCUAGGGACAAUGGUUUUGCACUUUACACAGUAUAUUUCGAUUUCACUUAGGCUUUUAAUCGUGUGAGCAUGCUCUUCUUCUCUUGAAACUCUCUUCUUUCGGAAUAGGUGGAAAACUUCUGAAUUUUAUAUACAUUUACCUGGGCACUCGUGCACAACGCGUUAAGAUUUCCAAUACUAUCUCCAACCCCACACGUGUAGGAGUGGAGUCAUUCAGGGAAGUGUACUCGGCCCGCUUUUAUUUUGCCUUUUCGUUAAUGAUGUACCCGAUUUAUUUCAGAAUGGUAAGCCUUUCAUGUAUGCCGAUGAUCUUAAAGUUGCAUAUCGAUAUAAGCCGGCAGAUCGUGACAUCGUGCUUGAGCUCCUAAAGAGCGAUCUACAGGCUUUCGCCCAGUGGUGCCGCACAUGGCGCCUUUCUCUUUCUUGGCAUAAGUGCUCAGCCAUGGUGGUUGGCGACGACCAUCAACCUCAACUAAAUAUUGAAGGACACGCCAUAAAUGUGCCUGGGGUUAUUAAGGAUCUAGACGUAUCAUACUCCAUGAGUCUCAAUCUCUCGGAGCACUGUGCCUUGAUAGUCUCCAAAGCAGGCAGAAUGACCGGUUUUAUCCUCCGAAACUUUAAAACUAGGGACAUUAGAAUGCGCCUUUACAACAUGUACGUUAGACCUGGUCUGGAAUACUGUUCGUUUUUAUUUAGCCUCAUGCGUGCUACCGAGCGGAAGAAAACAGAAUCCGUUCAACACUUUUUUACCAAGAGAAUUUUAGCCGCGGAACACCGACAUUUGUCUUACCAAGAACGUUACCGGCUUACGGGCCUUGAUCCUUUAUGGUUCCGUAGAUUACAAAAUGGACUAUUUUUGUUAUUUAAACUCUUAUAUAAUCACACAUUUAACCCACUCACCUCUUUAAGACAUCAUAUCCACCCACGACGGAACACUCACCGUGAGGUCUUUUUAUUUCUUCCUCAGCACGUACUACUAAAUAUCGUCGGUUCUUUUCUGUAAAUGCAAUUGCUAUUUGGAAUAAACUACCCAUGAGUGUGAAAACUAUGCAAAAUUUUCCCUUAUUUAAGAGAACUAUUACUCGGUUUUUACACUCAGAAAAGCUCCAACAAGCUUAAGUGCUGGAUGCACUGAUUGACUCUACGGUAGCGAUGGCGUUUGUGGUCUCUGAACACUAUGGCUGGUCUCACCAGGAACAUUUUCGUUGGUCAAUAGCGACAAUUGUUCUUCGGCGACUCUAUUUUGACUAUCCCCAAAUUCAUGAAAGGAAUUGACGUCUAAUAAUCUCCGAUACCGUGCACCCCCCCCCCCUUCUUGACGGUCGAGAGCUUACUAAAAGCUCCCACACAUUUUGGGUGCUGAAUUCACCGAUCGAAUCUACCGUAGCGAAUGCGUUUGUGGUCUCGGACCACUGUGGCCGGUCUUACCAAGGACAAUUUUUUGGCCAACAGUGACAGCUGUUCUUCGGCGCUUCUGGUUUAACUAACUAUAACCUCAUGAAAGAAAGUGGCGACUGAUAAUAUCCAAAUCUUUGUAAUCCCUCCCUUCUUGACGGUGGAAAGUUUUUCGCCUGCAUUUUUUUUCUCCUGAAUCCUCCAAACCAUAAAAACCACCGACAACUAUACUUUUAUCCCCUUUCCACAGGAGUUUUAUUUCACUGCUGGCCGAAUUUGUGUUAAACGUUUCCCCGACGAUGCCUGUCAACUGGCAUUAAAUAAAAUUAUUAUUGUAUUUCUGAUCUAUGGGGUUUGGACAUUUGUCCUUCGAUUAUUAGAAGACAAGAUUGGCGUCGUCGAUAGCCAUGCUGAACGGGACGUAGAAAUUUCCUCUGCAUUGCUUGGUGAAUCGUUGUAUGCGACUUCAUGACCUCUCGUAAGUUGCGGGUUAGACUAAUUCAAUGAUAAUUUCCCGGAACUAAUUUGAUUCUACCUUGUGCAACGAGGAGUUGAAGGGAACCCUCAACAGCACUUCACCCUCCUUACUGCGCCUUUACAAUAAAAUAGAAACUAGUUUACAAAAAUCAUCGUUAAACCCUUAAAAGCUAGUUGAGUGUAUUCUUUCUAGACCACUUGACCUGGAAAGUUUCGAACAAAGUAUUUCAGUAAUCUCAGGUCUCUGCUUGUUGUCCUCCCGCCUGUUGUUCUUCACAUUUCUGUUCGGCUCUACUCAGGGCUUGAGCUGGACAUUGUUCGCGAUCUAUCGAAGUGUCAGUACAAUAUUACGAUGUCCCUCGUUUUCGGACAACUGUUGCUGCCAGACUAUCUGACACGGGUCCUCGGACCUUUGAUAACCCUAUGCAUAUUUAACAACAUUUGUUUUAUUGGGCUCACAAUCAAACAGUAGAAACGAACUGUCGGUUGUUCGUUACGUCAUCUAUAUAGGGUGCGCCUUUCUCUCAUGUUGGUGCGCGAUUUAUAAGCUCAUUUUUAUCUAUCAUUUUAAGUCUCAAAAUGCUCUUUUAAUUUGUCACGUUUCAGGGGGUUUUUCAUCACCAUCUAAAACUUCCAUCUGUCCUUACGCGAGUUUCACAUACAUGGAAAACCGCUGUAUGGCAGCGCAUCCCUUGCUUAUUUCCGAAUAUCUUGUACGAUCACUGCUCGGUAGUUAGGUUGGCCAUGCCUACGACCUUUGUGCCCACGGUUUUAGAAAUUGAACUGGGUUUCCAUUUUGUGUUGGACGUUGAUUGAGUUUAUGCUAACGUCAUCGCAACCCCCCCCCUCCCCGGGGAGUAGAGGUGAUACUUGUUAGAGGUGGCAAACAGUCUUCAGUUUUGUUUGGGUUCCGCACCUAUGCAGUUUGCCGCGGAAGGGAUGGCGACAUUAUUUGAGUAAUCUCAUAUUCGAAGCGUUUGAUUGGCCUAACCUGAGCAAACCAUUUAUCGGACACUUGAGGGUUGCAAAUUCUGAGAUGGAAGUUGGCUUCUCUUAAUGAACGCGUAUGCAACCACCGUUUAUCUCUUGGGAAUUCCUUAGUUUUAUUGUUUAAAAGUUAUAAACUACUCAGGUUACUGUCGCUGAACGUCUGGAGUUUUCUUACUAAUAUCAUUUCUAGACUUCGCCUGUCUUUUGAUCAUAGUGUCUUAGUAGUUAGUGCGUCUCAUGCUUAACUUGGCGCGACUCAUUGUAUAAAAGCUGGUUGAUCCGAGUAUUAUGAUCUAUGCCACAACAUCCACGAAAAGCGACGCACCUUGCGGCCCUGGUCUACGGUGAUGAGCGAUUAGUAUGCGAGCAUGACUACUCAGUCCAUAAGGGCUUCCUGGUCUCGGAUGUCGGAGUGUGCGAAUGUUUCUCGAUCGUGGCACUAACAGUCCGACGGCGUGCAUCACGAAUUACAUUUUUGUCACCAAUCUAAAGUGCACGUUUCAUAUUGGAGUUCUCGCAGAGUCAAGAUCCCGAAAAUUUAAUUGCACCUCACAACGGCCCGUGCGACUGCCAGCCAUAGUGUGACAAUCGCCUUCUGAGGACAAACAGACCGUGAGUCAUUUGCGUUAUAACUAAUAAAUCAACGGUUAACGUGCUAACAGCUAAAAGAACACUUUAUUAGCACUUUUUUCCGCCCGCAAGCGGACCGCCUGCUGGCCACCGCGAUAAAUAAACGCCCACAGUUACAAGCAUCUGUUUCAGGAUCCUCGUCGUGAUCCACCAGCUAUUAGUGGGAAUUUUAAUUGUUGGGAUGGGCCAGACGACUCUUCAGUCAACCAUCGACUCGACAAUGGUGAAGGGGUAUUGUGCUUUCCUGUCCAGAAUCGACUCGUUGUCACUAACGCAUUCUUCUGACAUCGCCACGUACAUUUGCUAACCUCUCUAGACAGUUCAGGACUUGUUAAAUGAGUUCAUAACAAAAGCCGGGUGUGCGGUGCCUGUGGGUCAAGUCAUGUUUUAACUCUCACAUGCCUGAAACGCCACGUGCAAGGCGCCUCGACGUCGCAAAAUUGCAAUGACUCGACCCGACUGAAGUAUUGAGCACAGGAAUUCGGUCCUGUCUUGCAGUCAAAUUAAAAAAGGAUUGUAUCAGACGGUCUUCGUUUAAGUCCUCAGGUGAGAGGGUUUCCGACUUUGCCCAGCAGUGCCGUCACAACUGGAUUGGGGUUCGAAUCUUACAAUUGCCUGCCCAGACAACUCGUGCUGUCCUACAACAAUGAUUUAUUCCAUAAACUCUGGACAAUGACAACAGAGUCGGCUGCAGAUAGCCGAAAAGACGUUGGGAUGGAGCGCCGACCUCCGUCGAGCAGACUCCAAACGUUGGCCAUAUUCGAAAGUCAUAACUGCCUAUCUGUCAUGUUUAUGGCAAAUCCCUUGCGUGCGACGACUGUCUGCGAAAUGAAUGACGGACUCAUUGCUGAUAACUCGGCCACGGUCGAGUGCUAAAACGAGGGCGCCGAGGGCCUUUUUCACUUUGACGUCGAAGCCUACGCCGCUUCUCUCUUUGAGUGGAAUUUUAUCCCUCUCCGACGUACGUCGUAUCAUGUGACGAUACCACCUAGAGACAUAUCGGCCAGAGCCCCGAGACCGAGUGACAGAAAAGCCUCGGGAGAGAGCGGCGUCCAUGUCAAAGGCUUUCGUCAACAGCUUGGCGUCUUGGUUCCAUGAGGAGCUUGCGCAAGCAUGGGCAUGUGUAAUCGUUCCUGGCGACCCAAUUGUCAUUCAAUCAUUCAGACAAUGUAUUUGACCAACUUUCUGUGUCAACUGACUGCAACAAACAGUUUCGUCAGGCCGGAUAGUCACUGCUUUUUACAGCAGCGAAACACAUUUUUCAUGGUUGAUUUAUUGUGGUUCAAUCCAUGAUGACUGGUGACUUCAAGUUUAAUCAGGGUCCAGGAACCGUCUCAAGAUUUUGGUGGACUCUGAUAGAUCAGGUUUUGAACUGACAACUUCAGCGUCGCUCUUAGCCAUUGGGGCUUCUAAAUUUUGGGCAGCAGUAUUGGACCCGUAGGGUGUCACAGUGUAUUAGUCCGGACUGCGCCACCUUUUUGGACGGUUUGAUGCAUCCUUGCCAUAUUUUCGUAACAAAAAGACUGCUGCUAUGAGAGAUUGAUCCUUUUUUCUCCAUUUCCACAACUUGAGUCUGCAUUAUCUCAAAAGUCCACUAUAACUGGAGGCUGGUUAUCACAAAAUUGUUCCAAAACUUCUCGAGUUUGCUUGUCUUUCGCACCUAUAGCGCGACGUUAACAGCCGCAGAGUGUAAUUAGCUGGACAGAUGUCUGAUACGCGCCAACAUUCACGGUAUCUGAAGUAUUACGUCUGGCACGUAGACGCCCUUGAGGACUGACAAAAGUCAUGUGUCGGCAGCAUCAUUUGGAUGACGGUAUCGUCUCUGUUUUAUUCGUUAACUGCGAAUCAGUUGCUGAUGGCGUAGCCGGUGAUUAGAGUCUGGGUUGCACUCACCCACUAUCAUGGGCAACAGGAGCCAUUUCAAUCUUUCGUAUGUACGAGUAAUAAAAUAACCGAAGUGUGCCCAAAAACCACGUUCUCUAAAGCAAAGGUGGUUUCCUCUGGACUCCGCCCUCGAAUUAUAGGUAAUGUCGUUGUAGACAUUAAAGCUUCUGAGCCAAGGGCAAACUCUUGGCUACUUGAAUCGAAGUCUCUCGCUCAGGAAGUAUAAGGAAAGCAUCAGCUCUCCGAUCAGUCUGGCAGACAUAACCUUCGAAUGUAUGAAAACCUCUGAAUUCACACCUUUCUUUUCGUCGUUCAGUCAGACAGCGAGCUAAGCUCUAGGUAUGCGAGCCUUGUAAAAAGUUAUGUCUAGUUAGUCGCGCUUACAUGGCGUUUGUCGAAUUCUCCAACCGAGUUUUCAACGGCUACUUGAUUGUACGGUCACCGACGGUGCGCAUUUUUCUACCUGGUGUUCUUGAAGCUUCCAGAACUCGAUAUAUGUAAACUAUCAGCUUCCAUGAAUUAAAUUUUGAGUAGAAGACAAAGGAGGUCACAACCUUGGAGUCCGACAAAACCGUGCCCCUUCACCAAUCUUUACUGCUCCUUGCUACAGCAGGCGAUGACUACUAUGGCGCCCAAGUAGGGCAGCACUACGUUUUUGACUUUGAAUAUACAGUGACUGAUCGAUCUCAUGAAAUGUUGGCCGAAAUUCUGAAAUGCGUUUCCGAUUAGGAAGGAUUACUUAGGUGGAGUUGUAAUAUUGAUUAUUGUGUAGCAUAAUCCUAUGGUAUUUCGGACUCGUAGGAUCUCGGAUUUUGAAUGCACUUCUUUUCGGCCUCCUGCAGAGACCACACCCGGUAAAAAGUAGCUCCUUAAGCAGCAUGCAUUUUCCAAAUUGAUUUUCGAUGGUCAUAUAACUUUAACCAUAUUUUAUAGAAAUCAUGCACAAAAAUAUGCUUUAUUUUACUCGUUUAAUUACAUUACCUACACAUUUUAUACUUGAAGAAGGAAUAUCUUCUGCUUUUAAAAAAGUUUUCAAGCAUGAGUUUUUUUAGGACCGUGUGAUGUCCAUGCAUGCAACAUCGUAAAUGUCCGUUUGCCUAUGCUCCUCACGAAAUGUACAACAUAGUCCGCAUCCGUUGCAAAAUUUUAUGAACUCUUUAUCGUAUCUUCGUAAAGGCAUAGAGGAGUGUAUGAUUCUCCUUACGCAGAAAGCAUACACAUUGUAGACUGAAAUCGCUACACGCUAGUGCAACGGCUGGUCAGGCUCGAAAUUAUUCAGGAAUUGGGAAACCAUUUUUCAAAACCUAGAUCUACACUUUUAGUGUAUAAAAUAUGAAGGCAAUGUGAUUUUCUACCGAACGAGUAAAAUAAAGCAUAUUUUGUGCAUGCUUUCUGCAAAAUAUACUUGAAUUUACAAGACCAUCGAAAAUCAAUGCAAAAAUUGUACGCAACUUAAGUAGUCAUUUUUUACCGAGUGUGGUCUCUGCAGGAGGUCAAAAAGAAGUGCAUUCAAAAGUCGAGAUCCUGGUGAGUCCGAAAUACUAUAGGAUUAUGCUGCACGAUAAUUAAUAUUACAACCCCACCUAAGUAGUCAUUUCUAAUCGAAAACGGAUUUCAGAAUUUCGGCCAACAUUUCAUAAGAUCGAUCACACGCUGUACCUGCAAAAUUGUCUUGCCUCGGACCAUAGUCGAGGAAACGCAAUCCACAAUUGUCCGGUUCAUCUACCAAUCCCGGAACUUUUGCUAGAAGUUAAACUCCUUUAAAAUCUGCGACAUUCUGUUGUAACAAGAAAUGCGAAGCAGUCUACUAUUUGGCCUGUUUUAGUUCCUCUUUAAAAAGGAGUUAAGACCCCGAAUUCAACGUCUUUGCAUGUUAUCUGCGAAGUAUUUGUAAUCCCACCAAUUCUGAAAUUUUUCGCAUCGGAGGAGUACUGCAGUUUUAUUGUACUAGCCCAUAUGCUAGUGUUUGUUAGAGUUCUAUCAGACGAACUCUUUGGCUGGGCAGACGACAUAGCGACCGCUCAAAUAAUGCACAGGAGAGGAUCCUUUAUGAUUGCCACAACAAUCGUCUGUCUCAUCUUCGCGAUAGGCGACAGAAGAUCCUAUUGCGACUUGCAUCCGAUCGAUACAAUGCUCAAGCUGUUCUGUAUUCAUCUGAUAAAAUGUCGCUGGUUACUUUAGAUAUAGCAGUUCUCCCGAACCUAGGAGUUUUUUCUGCCAGGAACCGCCAAAACUGGCUAUUUAACUAUCAGUAGAAUUCGAUGGGUUUUCUCGGCCGUUAACAGCGCAAGGCGCUUUUCUUUGAGAUAUAUUAUCCUAAAAACGUCAAGUAACUUGUGGAGGACGAGAAUUUCGUCGAAUGCCAAACCCCUCUGUGCUCUGCCGAAUGCAUAAUGACGUGGCUACACCGAUCUGUAGUUGGCCAUGCCAAUAGCUCUGUCAAUCUGCGAAUCCACACGAGGGUUCAUAAAGACAUUGACUGUAACAUUCCCUCUCGAAUGCAAUUACUUUUGUAUUUUUUUAGAUAUUGGAAGCCAUUCGUUUGGUUGACAAAAUUUGUCUGUAAAAGGACCUGGUGUAAAGGCUCUUUUUCUAAAGAUCCCAACCUAUCAGCGGAGACGAGAUUCCGUAACCGCAUACUUGCAGUUUUUUGUUUUGGGAAAAGUGUUUUCUAACCACUUACGUGUGUUUCGUUUUUCCCUACGAAUUUUCGAGAUUUGACAGCGUAGUCCUGGCCAUAGGUUUAGGUCUUCUCAUAUAAAUAAGCAGAGAAGAGAGCCCUAUGAUAACAACCGGAGAAGGAAAAAGGCAAACCCCGGGAAAUAUCUGCAUCUUUCGUGCAAAAAUUGCCUCACUUUACUGUUUUUUCUUCUUUUCAGCUGGCCGCCCAAAUGCCUUCAUCAGGGUCCUUCCUGAUAGCUGUUAUUUCAUUCCUCUUCUGGACCACCGCACUGGGUAGCACAGACACCGCCCAAACUGAGGAAUCUGUCUUCUGUGGCAAUCAAGAAUGCACAAAAUCCAUUCGUCUAGGAUGGUUGAUAAGGGGCUUCAACUUUGCGGACACAUUUCUCCCUGAAGGCACCGAUGUUGACAUUCUCGGUGAGCAUGCUCUGCACCCGAAUAUUCUUCUCGUCCGCUACGGGGAUAAAACCUUCUACUUAGACAGUAGUCUAGUGCGCCAAGGCGAAACUCUUGUGCCCUCAUUUUACAGGACGGUGAUACCUAGAGUGCCGUUACAGCCAGAAUUUUCUGAAUCGCCAGAGUCAGCCGCUGCUGGAGGCAAGCCAGCUUCCACUCUGCCUGAGCACGCCACUUCACGAGGAACUGCGUCGGCCCAGCAAGUGAAGACAGAGAAUGUACAUUCUUCCUCACCCCCGCCUGAAGAGCCUAAAGUUCUGCAGGCGCAGUCGAAUUCUCCAUCUAAACAGCCUUCAAGACCCUCAACGGAGCUGGUAAAUGAAUCAGAACAACAUACAUCGCCUCCAAAACAGGCGACGCCUGAGGCUGCUGCUGACAAAAUGCCCAAUCAACAGAAGCAGGCGGCCAAAUCAAGUGCUGAAGACACUGUGAAGGUGUCAGAUUUCACAUCACAAUCUGCUAAGGCUACACAAGAGUCCGCUGUUCGGGAGCCAGUGAGUAACGAAAAGCUAUCCGAUGACGCCAACUCCGUGUCCUCGCCAUCUCAUCCUCCUAUUGAACCCACGAAACAGCUAGAGAUGCAGAAGGAAAAGCUGGCAUUAUCGGGGUCUCCAAAAGACGCUCCUAGAGAUAUCCGGGAUGAUGGCAGCCACACCGGUACCCAGUCUCGUCUAUCCGCCGCUCAGAAUCAGCCGCCUGUCGGCAAGGAGAUUGAAACGAAGGAUAAGCCGCUGCAGCAAAAAGCCGUGGUCACUGAUGAACUUCAUGUCGAGUCUGUCCCCAAGGAGCCGUUGCAAACUGAAAUUCUGGUUGAUCCUGUUGUUGCCCAUGAGACUGUAUCUAAACACCCUGAACCGGCAAACCACUUGCCGGUUGAGACUGGUGCUAAUGUCGAACAGUUGCGGUCUAUAGAAGAAACCGAGCGGCCACCAUCGCCUCCGCAGACUCAACCUUCUGGAGAAAAGGCACUCCCUACAGCAGAAAGUAAGUCAUUACGCGAAGACGCACAUGCCAGCGCUGUGGUUGAGAGCCAAGUUUCAGAAUCUUUGUCUUCCGGGUAUACGCCAGCAUCAUCAAAUGAUCAAGAAAUACCUCCCUCUUCCGCGGCUUUUCAGAAGCCACACGAUAAUGUUGCCUCUAAAGACUUGUCAACAGUUUCAGAUACUUCCGAGCCGUCGUCUGAGUCAGCCAAGCUUGAAAUGUCCGACCAGAAGACGGAGGAGGAAACCCCUGCUGAUGAACUAAAGGAAAACUCGAAGUUACGGCUGUCAUCACCACCCGCGGUUAAAGACCCGUCCUCGGAGGAUGUCAAGACAGUCGAAGAACCUACUGUCGCAGUCGUCUCGGAAGGUCCUUUGGAUAGUGACCGUGAAAAAGACCAAGCAGUGCCUGUCCCUCCCCCUGACAAGGGAUUUUCGUCUGAAUCCACCGAGUUUAAACCGUCCGGAGUGUUGCCCCAUCCUGUGUCACUUGAAGGCGAGGACCCUGAUAGUUCACCCAUUUCAGAAGCAAACGAAGCUACUUCCUCCUUCAAACCCGAGUGUAGCCCUGAAGACUCAUCGCCGCAUACUACAGCCCCCACGCUAAUUCCACCCCGUCACGAAGACUCACAAAAUGCGGAAGCGCCACUUGGUGGUGGACCACCUCUUGAAGCACUGGCCAAGAACGACGGUGGGCACCCGCAAGGUACUACCCCUGACGAAGAUCAGCCAUCCUCCUCCCCACCUGCAGUCUCUCCAGACUCUCUGCAUUUGUCUCAUUCGUCUGAGAAUUUGAUAAAACCCUCGGGAAGCAGUCCGCGGCGACUAAUAUACUCUGGUUUUAUUCAGUGCCUGUUCCAGUCUGCUAACCGUAGUCUUCCUGCAAACGUUGUGGCCUCGAAGUCUGCACUUUCAAGUUUGACCCUCUUUCUGUUCGAUAAUUUCAUUACUCUGGCCGAGAGGGCGGUCACUUUUCUUCCACCAGAUCAUGUCAAAAUGGCCGACGACUUCCUUUACAAAAUCAUUGGCGUGCCUCUAAGUUUUCUGGUCGCCUGGUGGUUUUUCCUCUUCUCCGCCUUUGCCACCUACGUCCUUAUUCGUGUUGGAGCGCACAUUUUUAUUGGGUCCGGUGAUGGUGGUGUGCAGCAACGCUCGCUGGUCGACUGGUUAGCUAUAGAGGAGCAUGCCAAUCAGCUGGCUGCACGUCUGGCUGACCAGGAGGAGGCAAAUGCUCGCCUUACCGUCUGGACAAUGGAGUUGAGUGCGCGAUGUGAGGACCAGAUGCGUAGCCAGUCGAACACUGAAUCCAGCUGUCAGGCACAACUUCGAGAAGUCAGAUCGGCCCUGAACCAGAGCCGGCUGGAGACCAAAGAACUACAAGCAACUCACGACGCCCUCGUUCAGCAGAUCUCCUCCAUGAAGUGUGAUCGCGCCUCCCUGGAGGAGCGGUUGCAAGCUGCUAGUGCCAGAUACGAGGCUGCCGAAAACGACUGGCGACUCAGUCGCGAUGAACUGGAUCAAUCACAUAACGCACAGGUUCAAGCCCUGCAGGAAGAGAAGGAGGAACUCCUGACUCGCUCUAACACCUAUCGGGAGAGGAUUGUUGAGAUGGAGACAGCGAUGAAGGAACUGACCACCUCAAGUCAGAAGUUGGAGGAGGAACUGGUAGCACGAGAUAGGGAGCUGGCUGGUCUCCGCGAUAUGUUCAUUCAGCUGAAGAGUUUCGAACUGAGUCUUUCUCAAACGAAUUCGGAUGCGGCUUCGCUCGGUGCCGCCACUCCGCCGAAUGUCUCGAAAGAAGAUGGGGCCAGACGAAAGUUGUCUGCCUCCAGUGGUGGUUCUGACCAAGAUGCUGCCGACGGUAGCGAUUGGGGCGCUGAGGUUGACGAACUGGCCAACGAGGUGGAUCUUGACGAUCAGCUUGCCGUUACAGAAAUGACCAACAGUCGAGAAAGUGAUGAGAAUGAAACUCAAGGGAGACGGAACGAGCGGCUUCAGCAAGUGUUGGCCAACUUCCUCGAUGUUGGCAAGCUAAGAGCAGCCCUCUCUGCCUUGGAGGAUCAGCUGAAAGUGGAGACGGAUCGGUGCAAACAGGAGACUGAGCUACGCAGUCAAUUACAGGAAAAGUUGGCUGCUCUGGAGGAGUUGAACGCCACCCUCGUGCAAAAGUGUAGCCAGGCGGAAGAGGACAGGUCGGCGGCCAUAAAAAAGUUGGAAAUCCUGUCAGACUACUUCAAGGAGCGCGAAGUGGUGAUGCAGCGUGAUUUGGGUCGUCAAGCCCUCUCCGAGUCUGAGACUAACGAUGAACUAGAUUACCUUCGCCAGCGAGCCAAAUCCCUCGACGUAGAAGUAAAGGCUCUACGUGAACAGGUAUCCUCCACCCGUCGUGAGCUGGUAGAAAAUGAGCGAGCCAGUCGUCGCCAGAUUGCGCAGCUUGACAAACGCCUACAUGAGAACUGGUUGUCCGCCAGGGCCUCGGAGAAUCUGGUAAAAGAACUACGUGACGAGAACACUGCUUUGCGCCAGAAGAUCGGGGAUGGCGAAAAACUGACUCUGCAGCAGCUGAUUUCGCGAGGACCGCCGGUGCCAAUGCCGCUGUUGCAUCAAUCCCUUGUUCCUCCUGGUGGACCCAAGAAGUCGGAUAGCCGACCCUCUUCGCGUCAAUUGGGAAAUAGCAGCGCUCAGAUGCCGCUGAAGCAGGGAUCAGGAUCCCGACACACCCCGUCCUUCCUUCCACCCCCGCCCUCGCUGCCUGGGAUGCCACCUUUCGCAGCAGGAGCCCCAGGGGUGCCCUUCAUGCCUCCACCGCCUCCGCCACCACCACCUGGCUUAAUUCCCCCUAAGGGAGGUCUUACCCUUUUACCUUCUGUACAGCGCACUUUCUCCAAUAGGAAUAGUCCAAUCCUGCCCGGAUGGGAAGUAAUGCAUGCCCCUGCGUCGCCGCCCGCUGCCCCACAUUCGAACUCAGGCAGUAGCCGUUCCGCCAAACGGUGAGUGUGACAGGGAACUCACCGACACUUUGACACACGCAUACACUCACACACAGAAAAGAUUCUGAGCUGAUCAUUGAGAUGUAUUGUCUUUCCUAAUCUUGAUCUUCUCGCUUACCCGCAUGUAUGUAUUUGUUCAUGGCCUUGUACAUCCUUUCGGCAUGAACUGAGCGAAGUCGGGUUGUGGUGAAGUAAACUCCUCGUGGGCAGUGCUAUUAUGCAUACUAUAUUUUCCGCCUUACGUUUUUGUUUGUCAUUUGUUUUUGCUCAUUGUUGUACGUUAGAUUCGGCGCUCAGAAUUCAGGCUUUACAACCACAAGACCGGUUUACCGUCGCGACGAGUGGCAACCGAGCAUUUUUUUCUUUCUUAAACGCCUAUGAUUACGUCCACACCAAAGUAGAUUAAUAUUGUUACCUUCCGGCGACAGCUGUCGCAAAUGUUGUUCUCGUUACCUCGGCCUAUCCCCUAGGUUAUAUAGUCCGAAUAUGCAAAGGAUAUUUGUCGUGUAGUGUUCAGUCUUGAAGCUGACUGGACGGAUGAAGAAGCCGCGUGAUCACUCCUUGGUUCUUUUGCUAGCAAGACAGGACAAUGGGGCCAUUUGUAACUAUAUUUGUCCUCAGCGCCAUAUCAGAGUGGCGAAAUUGCAAUUUACCUGCCAGCGACUGUACAAUCCUGUGGUACAUAUUGCGAUUGUUAUUUAAGUGGUCAGAAGGAGUGUGCUGUAUUUUCACGCAGUUAGGCGUUUUGGUUAAAAGACCGCCUUACACGCCAGGAUACACUGACAUUUUAAAAGCGAGUCAAGACUAAGAUGCACACGAAGGUACAUGUUGGAGGCUACUGUUUGUGCGAGUCGGGCUUAGACGUGUGAUUUGCGAACAACUGACAAAUGAGGAAGCGGGCAAGGAAGGGCAUCCUUGAAUAUAAACCCGCCAAACUUGGCUGAUUGCUCCAGGUCUUACAAAUGGGCCUCAGGACCUUCAAAACCGAAUGGAGCAAGUGACGCGGUUCGGUCAUUGACGUGCGAAGGAUGCCGUCAAGCAACGUUAUCAAAUAGGGAUGUGAAGCGGACCCGCAACAGAAGACGGACUACAGGGGACACCUAUGAGUACGCACAUAUCCUCGUUUUUUAAAAAAAAGGCAGGAACAAGGAGUGAAGAAAGGGAGUGCCUGAAUGGUCCACGGGGCAAUGGUCGUCUGGGCCUACCCUUGAUGAAGACGUAAUUGAGCUACUUGAGGUUUAUUUAUGAUCAAACGAGAUGCGUCAUCAGCGGCUCGUGUUUACCACCGUAAGGAGGGUGCGCCGCCACAAGUGUACAAAGGCUCCAAUGGGCUGCAGGAAGGGUAGAGGCUUGCGGACAGCAGCCUCGGCCUAAAAGAGCCAGGUAGGCAAAAGUCCACAUCUACCGAUUGCAGGAGUAUCAGAGUGCAAAGAGGAGACCGGUGGAGUGGAUAAGAACACAACUCUCUGUGACCUUCGGCAAACCCCGUUGUGACGCAAUCGGGCAGAACGCUUACGAAGCAAAAUCACUCGUUUCUGCGGUCUACUAGCAUUACUUUAGUCUUCUGUGGGACGGAUGAGUCUAAGCAGCGUCAGCUGAGUAGACUGGUAGUGCCUAAAAGGUUCUACGAUAACUAUAUUCCAUCCUUGAGGAGAGCAGGAAAGCAGUCUGGUCCGGUGGCAACCUGUCCACAGAAUUUCGCAGUCGUCGCUCAGCCUGGGAGGUGACACUGGGUGGAAGGCACUUGAUACCAAUGACACGUUUACUUGGAGUGGUGUCUGUUAGACUGCACGGGAUACGGCAUUUUUAAUUAGCCGUCUAAUUUGACGUUUGCACUGGCUAGUGGACACUGCGGCCUGUCGCGGCACUAGGAUUGUCACACGCACAGUAGAUGCUUGUUAUUUGAAAUGACAGUUUUUUGUUCGGGAAAAAACGGUGCGAAGAACAGAAGCGGCCUUCUAUGUUGGCCUAAAUUUAUUUUACCCAUUGAGGCUGCUGUCACACCCAAUUGAGAUGGUGCUAGCGAAUAAAGCCUCUCGCUGGUGUGUCAUAAGGGCGCUCGCUAAGCGUGUCAUUAUCGACAACAAAGACGUCCGCUUGUAGCAGCACGCUCUUGUGGAAAGCCCUAUCCCAGUCGUGGUUGUCACAGGGUCCAGAUGCCCCAUGCACGACCACUCAGCUAGGUAUCCCGCUAAUCGCCAUCACCUCGUGCGGGUGCCGUCGCUCAGACGCCGAUCGACGCCGUAACUUUUGCCUAUCUUACCUAGACAAACUUCGCUCUGUGUGGUCGUGCCACUCCCGCACACGACAAAGGGAUGACUCGUAGCUGGCUUUUCAGGGCUAAACAGAGAACCAGCACUGGUUAUCGCCAUCUGGUGUAGAUAACAUAAGGAGGACAAACUUCUAGGGGAGUAAACAUUGCUGAAGGGACAAUCGGCAACAGUUCGAAGGCGAGACUGAGAAUAAAGGGGCUCAGGUAUUUAGGGAACCCUUAAUCACUGUGUCUCUACCGUAAAUUGUUGGAGGAUGGGUGCUGGCGGGUUGCUGCUUGAGAAACCUGGGUCACGUGGACUUCAAAGCAGUAGAUGAUUGUUUGUCGCAAUAAAAGUUUAAACGCGAUGUGAAAGUCAGAUGACUGUACGAAGUAAAAGGCGGUGUGGGCAAUGUGAGCACUAGAAACUAAAUUUUGGAGCGGAUGGCAGUUCGCCCAUCGAAAGGAAAUGGCCACCACUGUCCCCGAGAGGACGCAGCGGUGGCAUGCGCGUUGACUGGUUUUUAGUUGGGAGAACCUAAAUGGAACCCAACUCCCUCCUUCCACACCCGCCACACUUGGAUGACAAGAAGAUGUCGAGGCUACGGGAGAUGAGCUGGAACACGACGGGGUAGGGCUUAGAACCGCAACGGAAGUCAAAGCACUUUGCUGCUGUGCGCCACGCCCCCCGUUUGACUGCAUUAACGUCCAUUCUUUUUACUGACACGUCUCUAGUAUGACCGAUGCACGUUGGAAUCAUGAAAAAACUGGAGGCAUCUGCCUGCUAAAGGUUAGUAAACCAAAUCCUCGUCAAGGGUUAAAGUCUUGCUAGAAUUGCCAUCUGGGAAGAAUUAGAGUUUGUCGCUGGUAAUUGAUGAAAGCCGAGUGCCACAGGGACGUUAAGCUUCCUAGACUUGAAGAUGCCAGCUUCAGCCGACAAAGGGGACAAAGUGGCUUUUUAACUGCAACACGUCAAAACGUGCGAAGGAUUUUCAGGCGCCGCUAAAUGUCUUCCACGGCAAAAUGAGGAUGCCGAGUGUGCGAAUGGAAUUGCUAAAGAUAUUUUAGCACAUCACACAUGGACACCAGCAGGUAGAGGAUUUGAUAAAUUUGUCAAGUGAUGGGCAAGAUGCCGGAAAUGAACCACUACAUUAUUUCGUGCGGGCAGCUCUUUUAUCUGGACUACCUUUAUGAGCGAAACUACUUCCGUUGUGAGCUAUAGGAAUAGCACGUUAAGACAGAUCUUAUCACUCUUCAACGGAUCCAAACUCAUUGCGGAAAACCGGAGGAAAGAGCACGUGAGGCCCGUUAUCUCCACGACAAGUUUGUGCAACAUGGCUAUCUGAGGUCAUUCAUAAAUUGCUGCCUACGAGGUCGCCCCCAGAGGGCCCAACCAUCAACACCAUUGACGAUAUGGCAUUCUCUGCCAUACAUCAAGGACGUUUCAGAAGCACUCGAGCGCAUUGCUGCCGAGCUAGGUGUUAGAAUUACACACCGCCCCAAAGCCGCCAUGCGCAGUGGGGUCAUUAAAAUUAAAGACCGGUUAAAGCCUGAGGAGAAGUCUGGAGUAGAGCAUCGCAUCCCGUGCCAAAACUGUUCUCGUAACUACGCAGGCCAGACUGGACGCAUACUCGGGUCGCGCAUGCACGAACAUAGGCUGGCUGUGCGACGAGGCGACGAAUUACCACAAGUGGGCGCCCAAACCUACGAAACGGGCCAUGAAUUUAACUUCGCAGCCACCUAAAUAUUCGCCCACGCCGGAAACAAACGGGCCGAGAAUCGAUUGGAGCCUGGGCCUCGGACGUGAACUCAGUCAAUCGAUUUACCGAUCUGGCGCCGGCGUACAGAGCCCUGCGCAGUCUUGCGCCGUCGGCCGAUGAUUAUCUUACACGCCCUAUAAAUGUCGUCCGUCCUGUUGCUGCUAGUUACUCUGACGGUAGACCCGUGCACGAUUUUAGACGCUCAGAACAAAAGAAUGCUCCGGUGCUCGACCACCUUCUUCUUCUUCUUCUUCUUCUUCUUCUUCUUCUUCUUCUUCUUCUUCUUCUUCUGCUUCUUCUUCUUCUUCUUCUUCUUCUUCACUUAAACCCCGUCUCUGUCUGAGAAGUGACAUUUAAUGCGCGUUCUAUUUAAGCAGUUCAUACAGUUAAACUGAACUGUUGUUAUUUUUAGCGUUAGACAAUUAGGAGGUCACUUUUAGUUCACUGCACGGCAGCUUUAGUUUUAUGACCCCCUCUCUCUGUCUCUUUCUCGUUCUCGUGGUGCUUAGUUGACCCCAGACGGAUUUGUGUCCUAGACCCUUUUUGACCGUUCUGACAAGCAGGAUGGCAGCCGUUUAGUAAGUUUGGUGAGAUUUGGGUCCAAUGUACCCCAAAAUAAUGGGGUCCAGUUGUAGUAGUAUUGGUCCUGGGUAGGGAAAAUCUAAUUAUCAUAUCGGUUUGUUGCUGGGUAAUGCGGGUAUGGUUUUCACCGUCAUAAGGUGUUAUCAUUAGUUAUCCCGAAUGGCAGACCACAUAAGAUUUCUACAUUUCAGUGGCAGGACGAGGAAAGUGCGUGGCAAAUAUGCCGUUUGUCAAGCUCUAAAGUCUAGUUCAUCUACUUAACUUUGCCAACUGAUCCACGUUCUAUUGCAACAUCUUCAGAGCUCGGGGGAGGUAAAGUUUUCUGUUGGUGUUUCUCACGUUCUCCCAAAUGGGACCUUGCUUAGGGUCGUAGGGGUUCAGAUACGACCAUGACUGUGGCUGCUGAGACAGGCGAGUAGUAAUGAAAUUUUGAAUGCAUUGUUACCGAACGCAGGGAUCCGUAAGGUGAAUGACACUGAGCAGACUCCCCUGGCCUCCUCUUCAUUACCAUGCAUAAUAAUUUUCUAGCUGAAAGAAUCGUUCUUUUCCGCCCUUAAGUUUAGAUUAGAAAAUGUACGCGCACUCAUAUUGUGCGAAAAUAACCAGUUUAUUUUGAAAAAAUCCAUUAAAACUGAUUCACAAUCAUGAAUCCCGCGAUAACGAUGCACUUUAUGUCUAGGUAUCCCCUAACUCUGCUGUGGUGGACAUUCAGGGGUGGUAUAUCAUGUUAGAGAUACGGUAAACUCUAAGGAAAAGCGAGAAUUUGCCUAUGACUCUUAAGUUUUUUAGAAUAUCUUGGAAUUCGUCUAGCGCGUGCGAAUAAAAGUGCAGUCGAUGUCUCCGCACUGUGCUAACGAAAGGGAAGAUGCAGACAUUUAGCUAAUGCCGUUUAGCAGUGAUGCGGUAGUUAGUGGAUUUGUUGGUAUUUUGGAGGUCUCAUGGUCCUUAUUAGUCAUAAUUUUGGAUGCGGCGACUACAAGGGAGCUGCGUAUGUGAUCCUCUGACCUCAAAUGCAGCAAGGUAGCCACGUAACUGAAUACUGUUUGCACUGCGGGGGCAAACUUCAACAAAUCCGAGAGUGUUUGGUGGGGUCUAAGGCGAGAACUUCGGUGGUGUCCCGAUAGAAACGGUGGCUGCUUUGAUCUGAAUUCAUGACAUGCACAGAUGUAUAUUUUUGGCUGCCUCGGCAGCUUGCUGAUAAAAUCUGACUGAGAAUCUGUGCUGCUCUUACGCAGCCGUUAUUUUCUGUUCGUCUGUCUUAUACCUGGUCACUCAGGCCUCUCAGUUUAAUCGGAGUCAGUCUAGAUAUCGAAAGACGUUUCUGAGUAACAUUGUAAACGAAGGCUGGGGGACAAGGGGGGUCGUUUCUGCUUUAUCUGCCGUCGUCUUCGAGUCGUCCUCCAGACCGACUUUGAGGCUAUUCUCGAGAAUUCAAGUUACCCUUGCAAGGCUCCUUUCUGCUGAAAAAGCGACUGAACUUCAGACCGUCAGCUGAGCCAAAAUAGGGCUGCACUAUCGCAAAUAUUAAUAUGUAAGUGGAACAGAACCGCAACUCCGUCCUUCAUUUUUUUCUACUACAUACCUGGACGACAUCUUUCAGCAAGCUUUCACUUUUCUUGUUUUCUACCUACUACCCAAUCGUCAAACGAGAGUCCAAUUCCUCCAGCCUCUCCUAAAGACCCCGAACAGUCUAAUUGCAUGAAUGAAAGAACGGCGAUGGAUUACGGUUCACCAGACCUGUGAUUGUGGUCACAAUGCACGUAUUCUGAUUGGUAGAAUUCCUUUUCCAUGGUACCUUGCGUGCACACUGGCGUGAAGGGCUGGGACUGUUGUCAGGACAAAGAAAGAGGGAGCAGAAAGAGAGAGAUAGGGAGGAUAAAAUGACCAAUUAAUUAUUGCCACCACCAUUCCUUUUUACCCAACCUGCACAAGGCGCCACUUUGUUUUAGUCCUUCAUGAUUUCCGUAGUUUACAAGUUCCCACAGACCCUGUGGUGGAGCGGCUUGCCCGAAAUUACUAUACGAAAUCCAUACAGAAUACAAUGGCUAGUGUAACUGCCUUUCGAUUUCAUGCCUCUCACUUUUUUAGGCCAGGUUUACAGCAGGUGUGGGAACUCGUGAAAUUUCAUGAGUUAGCACAAGAAAACAGCUAUAGCGCAAAGUCCACCCAAACUGCGUCCCUCAAAAUCUUACGACAGUCAAAAACGAUUGUUUUUAAGAAAUAGAUAUAGUUGGGUUUGUAAAUUUAUACUUACUAACGUAAAAAUAAUUAAUUUUCAAUGAAAACUAAAGUUUCAGAAAAUGGAUAUCAUGGAAGGACAGAUUUCGCCCACAUCUUGCCAGUUUUUCUUUAAUAAAACUGACUUGAAAUGAAUCUCUCUUCCUUAAACGGCUUUCUGUACUCCAAACCAUUUCAAUAAACACAACAACACCAAGUGUGUGACAUACUUCUCACUCAAUGUUCGACCACAACAUUUCAUGAGGUAGCCCACCGACUGUAGAAAAAAAUUCAUAUUAAAGUCGGAAAGACAAGACUUGCCUGAUUUAUAAAGAAAUAUAGUUCAAAUGGAGCGGGCAUAAACGCCUCCUAAAUAGUACUCAAAUUAAAACAAAAAACGACAUUAAUUUUCGGUACCUCUAGUGUUUUUUCGUUCUCUAGGUGUCUGGCACAGUACGCUUAUUUGGUAUUUGACGGGCAGCGGCUCCUUCCUAAUGUGGUCUUUAUGGCACCUGAGAUUACUUGCGAUCUAAGGACCCCCACUCCGUGAAGCCCGGUACGCCCGGAGCUAGGUAUGAGGUCGUGCUGCCUGACAUGGCCGCCCAUUACGUUCGAGCCCACCUCCGGUCGUCUUUAUCCUGAUUUGAUAUGCAAAGCCUGCGUGUGAAGGGGGUGAGGUGUAUGCAGCGCAAGCGUGCUACAGUAUAAAACAAAUUCAUGCACAAGUCACUUCUGCAGCGUCCACCUCUUGGGACAGUAGUCAAGUUCUUUGUCCACUUUUUAAUUUUUACAAAGAGUACUGAGGAUUGAGUUACGAAAAGGACAGCGCAUAGGUAUACCCCGAAAUAUCCUGGAGGUCCAUGCUGAUGGAGCUGAAGAGCACCCCUUACCUUUACCGAAAGGCAAAAACGGGGUGUUUUUCUUUUGAAGUGCAUUUCAGAGGAACCGUAUGUAAUCAUGCCAUAGACAUGCUGCUUUUUUAGUCUAAUCGGGCAGUGCACACUACUGGGUGUUUAACCGCAUAGUCUCAAGCUAAUGUAAGGCGUUGACAAAGGCAGGGGGCUGCUCCGCCCUAACAUCAAGUAUAUGAUUACAUCAAAGCCUCCUAAUAGUGUGUUUAUACUCGUGCAUCGUCUCUGUUCGAAGUACUGGAAGUGUAUAUACUCCUCAGGCCAGGCUUAAUCGAAUUCAGCCAGAAGGAGGCAAACCCAGUGACUUCAGUGGCAAGAACGUUUGACCGGGGGUCGGUUCUGUCCUCAGCUGGGGAAGAAGUGUCGGCUGGUGAUGUCUAAUAGGCCACCAAUGGCGACUCAGAUGCUCUAGCUCUUGUUAGGUACAUUUCCUGACGUGAUGUCGCCAUCUCAUACAGCCCGUCGUACGCAAAUAUGAGGAGGCGCACCCUACGUCGCACAAACUUCACCCGAAAUAUCAGGGCAUUUACGCAUGUGGGUAGGGCAGGUGGUCCUGCGUUAAACUUCAAGGGGCCAGGGUUGGGGGUUAGUUUUAGGGUUGGAGUUAGGAGGGUGGGUGUUAUGGUUAGGUUUGGGAGGGUUAGUCGAAGUUAGGACACGGGAAUGGGCAUCCCUGUAGUGGUUAUGCGGUGAGAGUGUGUGUAGCAUGUGAGCUACAAAUAGCAGGUCAAAUCGCAGAUUGGAAGGAGAAGACGGAAGGCACCAGAAUGAGGGGUUUAUUGUGCACAGAACCCAGAGUUGUCCUCUCAGGCGGCAGUGGCCACUGGCGAAGCCAGGGCUGAUGUUGACUGUGUCCAGUCAUGCCUGAGAGUCCUUGAGCUAGUGGUGGCAGCCGCUCUUGUAGGCUCGUGGGCCAAGCUCAAGUGGUGUCCAAUCAGCGUGCGUGUUGCAUUUGCCGAGGGGUGGUGUCCCAGUGGCUUGUUUCGCUGGUUGCAGAGGGUGGCGCAUGGUAGCCGCGACGCUGUGUGGACGCAGUUGUGUCGGAGCUGAAAUCGGUCGAGUGGCUUCAGGUCAGCGUGUCUGGAACGGUUCGCUGCAAGGGGUGAAUGACCUUGCGGCAGCGAGGUCUUGAACAAUGGCGCCAGACCGGUCAUGAUGACUGCCCGCUACAUCCCGAUGGAAUUCGGCUCAAGACUACUCCUGGUACAGGGGGACCUUAUUCCUGGGUCCAACCAAGGCUGCUGCAGAAUAAAAGUGCGACCCGUAUUCUGCAUUAUGCAGGUGACCGAGUGAAGUCCGUCUCGGCCGGUCAGAAGGUAAAGGAAGAUGCGUUUAUCCAUUGUGACAGAGAGAGGGGGCAAUCACUGAACCCGAUAGGAUACGGGGAUAGCUUUCACGUGAGUUUGUCUCUGGUGAACCAGACCCGCACACGUAUCUCUCAUAUAACUUACAACCUUCCUCCUGUCAUACUCAAGUGCGUAGUUGCAUCCUACGUUAGACUAUCUUCGCCUGAAAUAGCGGGACACAAGAGAACCCAUCAUAACCACCCUCUUAAAUGCUGUAAAUCAAGCACAUUUAUCGAUCAGGUGUACGUUGGAGGUGGAAAGGGCAGGCUCUGCGUCUUUUGUAGACGCCCUUCUAAGCAGCAGCAGCAGCAGCAGCAGCAGCAGCAGCAGCAGCAGCAGCAGCAGCAGCAGCAGCAGCAGCAGCAGCAGCAGCAGCAGCAGCAGCAGCAGCAGCAGCAGCAGCAGCAGCAGCAGCAGCAGCAGCAGCAGCAGCAGCAGCAGCAGCAGCAGCAGCAGCAUCCGAAUAGGCGUCUAUCGAAAGGACAUCUGGUCUAG